AUGUCCGAACAGUUACGGACGGUGAUGGCGAAAGUGGAUAACUUAAACGAGCGACUAAGUUCGGUAUCCCCUCCCGGCCAAUAUCAGCAGGCUCAACAGUCCGUCGCUGGUGUCAAUGUGCUCCAAGAGCGAGCGAUCCAACAGUGUUCGCCAGGAAAUGCCCUACAGCUGACCAGCCCAAGGCCACGCGAGCAGUCGAUGCAGCCCAGUGCGAUGCAUGAGCCAGAGACGAUGGUCCCAGAAUACCAUGGGCCUACUAGCUCAGAGUUCACAUUCGAAGUGGCAAAUGAGAGCUUGACUGAGUUGAGGGUUGGAUGCACAGCCAGCAAUUCAAAUCAGCCUGUCGAAUGUUUUCCUAUUCCUAGAAUUCCCCAGAAUCCUACGGCGGAUAAAACACUUGUCCGAAGGCUUUUGGGCCGGAACCCAUUGUGGACGGUUGCCCGAUCAGAUGCGUUGAGAUAUCUCGAGCUGUACUACAAUACAGUAGGGGCAAUGUAUCCUGUUACCGAUGGUCCCCGCCUUGCUUCUAAGCUACAACUCCUAUUUGACUCUUUGGAUAUUGCCAAAGCACAACGAUACAACGACGGAGUUGGCAGCCUCGUGGAGAUGAUGUUCAGCGUCGACACAGAGAUUAUAAAGAUCCAGGUUGCGAUUGGAAUGAUUACCGAGCUGGGCGUAGCGGGGACAGACAUUGCUAGGGAGCUUGUGCAAAGUGUGAUUGACUCAUCGGAUGACUCCCUGAUGAAUCUGGAGGGACUUCACGGUGUCCAAGUUCUUGUCUCGAUCGCACUGUUCUACUACAACCUGGACGAAGAGCUCAGAGCUAGCCGGUACUCUUGCCUCGCGUCAAGGCGAUGCUUAGAAAUGGGCCUUCAUCGUCGCGAUACAAUUGUGAAACACUAUCCAGUGGAAGAGGCGCGUAAAGCGGCCUUGAGGAUAUUUUGGUCAGUGUUUACACUCGAUCGCCGAUCCAGCCUCGGCCUGGGAGUUCCGUUUGUCAUUCAAGAUACUCUGGUGGAUCCGGCCUUAGCUUCCCUUGAGUUUGACCAUCUUUACUUGCGCAGCAUGAUCACAUUUGCGAAGAUCUCUGGGAGAGCCUGGCAGAUGAGUAAUGAAUUUUCCAGCAAGGAACCCGACGUGGUUCGCGAAGAGAUUGACUACCUCGAUUACCAAGUUCUACAAUGGCAGAAACAGAUCCCAACUUCGCUCCGCUAUUGCUACGGGUCGUCUGAAAUUCCCCAAAUGACGAGCGGCGAGGUUGACGGCCUGCGACGAUUGUAUCUCAGCGUUGCCCUCUUUGUCCGCGCCAACCAGCUCCGCAAUGUCAUUUACCGACCCCUCCUACAAUCAGCAUCCCGUAUCAAAAACGACCCAGAGCACAGCCUCGCUGCCCUCCAUAUCGCCAAAGAAUCUAUCAAGGCAUUUGUCGACCUCGAUGCAACCACAAACCUACUACAAAUCCACGCCACCUUCUUCAAGCACUUCAUUGUCUCGAGUCUGGGAAACCUCUUACUGAUUGUGGUGCACGCCACAACCGAGUACUGGACCGAGAUACAAGACACAUUCCACGCAGCUUCGACGCUCUUGAGAAAACUGAGCACCAGAUCUGGUCCGAUACUGCGGGCUUGGGACAGGCUCAAAGGGCUGGAGGACUUGCAGGCCAAAAUUUUGAACACAGGCCGACGCAAGGCUGAGACGCAACAGCAGAACUUGAAUGACUUUGCGGGGAUGGGCGUGAGACCAAGUGAGGAAUCUGCCAGUCUGGACAACAAUUGCGAAUUAGGGGACUUGGAAAUUGGCGAAAGCUUUAUGCUGUUCGACUCGCAGAUAUGCGACGAGUUCGCUGGAUUGUUUGAUCCAUCGUAUAACCUUGCGGAUUUCUACGAGUUCCCUUAG